GGGCCAGCAGCAGUGGAGAGGUUUCGUUUUAUCUGCAAGCACCGGAAUCCGGAUAACGUUCUUCCUCCGCUUCGCUCCCCCCUUCCUGCAGCUCCAAUGGCGACCACCGUUUCCUCUCUAGUAGCCCCUCACUCCCUCCACCGCCGCUGCUUCCGGAUCCCCGCUUCCGCCUCCGCCUCCACCCGCCUCUCAUUCCGCGCCGCGCCGCCGGCCGUCGCGGCGGCGCGGGCGGGGCGCCGGGCGGCGGUGCGCGUGCUUGCCUCCUCAGCGGUGUUGGAGGCGCCCGAGGAGCUGGCGACGCGGAAGCUCUACGUGGGGAACAUCCCCAGGACGGUCACCAACGACGAGCUCCGCGCCAUGUUCGCCGACCACGGCACCGUCCUGCGGGCUGACGUUAUGUAUGACAAGUACAGUGGUCGGAGCCGGCGCUUCGGGUUUGUCACCAUGAGCUCGGUGGAGGAGGCCAAUGCUGCCAUUGAGAGCCUGAAUGAGACUGAGGUUGGAGGUCGAAAAAUUAAAGUGAAUGUGACAGAGAGCUUCCUACCAAACAUUGAUCCAUCUGCACCUGAACCGGAACCUGCGUUUGUUGACAGCCAGUACAAGGUUUAUGUUGGCAAUCUUGCAAAGACAGUGACGACUGAAGUGCUCAAGAACUUCUUCUCUGAAAAGGGGGAGGUCCUCAGUGCAACGGUAUCACGAAUUCCGGGAACACCAAAGUCAAAGGGAUAUGGUUUUGUGACUUUCUCUUCGGAGGAAGAAGUCGAAGCUGCGGUUUCUACUUUCAAUAACACGGAAUUGGAAGGACAACCCAUCCGUGUGAAUAGAGCAUAGGAAUCUCACAUCUGGCAGAUAUUUCGUGCUGGAGGCAAAGGGAAUGUCUUGGCGAACACCUUGUAGAUGGAGGGGAACUUUGAGAUUAGAUUUUAUAACGAAGUUUAAAAGGCCUUCGAUGUGUUUUCACUCUGGCACUAAACAUUGUUUUGUGUAAUAGCAGCAUAUGGAAAGAUUUUGAUUGCGAAACUCCUGGCACGUUGUUUACCAUCAUGUCUAAACGACUGCACAAAGGCAGCAUGGUUUUUCACUUGGUUGUUAA